AAGAGAAAGAAAAGAGGGAGGAUAGAAAGAGAAAGGGAGGGAGGGAGGGAAGCAUAGAGGGAGUGAGAGAAAGAGAGGAAAGAGGGAGGGAUAGAAAGAGAAGGAGUUAGUGAGAGAGAGGAAGAGGAAGAGAUAGUAAGGGGGAAGAGAGAAAAGAGGGAGGGAGAAGAAAAGAGAGGAUAGAAAGGGAGAGGGAGGAAGGGACAGCAAGGGAGGGCAAGGGAGGGAGAUCUCGGGCUAGGGCAAGGGGAGAUCGGGGAUCCCCUGGCCCUCUCUCUCCGCCGCCAUGGAGUCUGCCCCCAAGGAGGGCGAGCGUGGCCCGGGGGCGGCGGGGCCGGGGGGCUCCUCGGGGGCGGGGGCGGGGGCCGGCGUGGUGGUGCAGGUGCGCGAGAAGAAGGGCCCCCUCCGCGCCGCCAUCCCCUACAUGCCCUUCCCGGUGGCCGUCAUCUGCCUCUUCCUCAACACCUUCGUGCCCGGGUUAGGGACAUUUGUCUCGGCUUUCACAGUGCUGUGCGGAGCCCGGACUGACCUUCCCGACAGGCACGUCUGCUGUGUGUUUUGGUUGAAUAUUGCAGCCGCUCUGAUUCAGAUCCUCACAGCGAUUGUGAUGGUUGGCUGGAUCAUGAGUAUAUUUUGGGGAAUGGACAUGGUCAUUCUUGCCACGGAGCGGAGAUGCCGAGCAGCAGAGAAUGACCUUCACUGAUCACUCUGAUGGCCAACUACACUUCGGCAGAUGAUUUUUUGGACUGGCACAACUACCCCCUUGGCAUGAUGGGCAAACCAUUUCAAAAGCAGGAGGGAGCCACUGGUUAGACGGGCAUUGAGGAGGAUGGUGCCGGAGCAGACAUCAGCAGAAGGGGACCUGCUAGUUAGAGAUGUUGCUGUUUUCUCCACCCACGGGGUGGGGAACGCUCAGAAACAUUUCACUCCUUUGUGACUUGCUGAGAAAACAGCCUUACUGUGAAUAGCAAAGGAGGAGAGAAAAUAUUUAUAGAUAUGUGUACAAGAUGUAAACACUUCGAUGGGAUAACAUGUUUCCCAAGAGACAUUAUUUGACUAUUUUCUGGGUGCAGAAGAGAAGGGUUCAAAUGUGGCCUUUCUUGCUCUGUGUGUUUUGUAUGUGUGGUUUUUAACAGUAAUCUUUGACGAUUGGAUUCCUGUAGCCAUCCUGAGAUUUUGCUUGCUGUUUUCGUAUAUCCUUUGUCUUUGUUAAGGUUGUUCGGGUUCAGCUCUUUCUAUGUUCUUUCCCUGUCAUCUCCCAGCCUUCUGAAUGCUGAGAAGAAUUUUUGAUAUGUUGCCUGCUUGCAAACAAGAAGCUGGUUCUUGCCAAGAUGCAUAAUCACUCCAUGCUUUUAUGUAGACACUGGGGUGGGAAUAUAAGGGGAAAGUUUUAAAAGAUUAUAAUAAGGGGGCUUUAGUUUUGUUGUAUUUCAUGAAGAGUGGGGAAAGGAAGACUUCCCACUGAAGCUUCUGAACAAACUGUGCUGCUAAAUGUUACUGUACUUUUGGAAAUGUGUAUAUACAACAGAUUGUAUUUUGUAGCCUGUAUGCAGUAAAGCUGUGACCUCUUGUCUA